AUGGCACCAAUUCAGCGGCUGAAAUCUUUCAAAACACCCCGCAGCAAAUUUUACAAGGACUUGAUGGGGUACGAAAAAUUGCAGAUGACAUUCUUCUCUUUGGCUCGACGUAUGAAGAACACGACAGAGCUCUUCAAGAAUGCUUACAACGUUUGGAAACACUUUGGGCUAACCCUGAAUCUGGGCAAGUGCAAGUUUCUGAAACACAAUUUGGAAUUCUUUGAUUUGCUCUUCUCCCAAGAGGGGGUACGUCCUGAUUCUAAGAAAAUCUCAGCAUUUACCAACACCACCACACCGACUACAGUAAGUGAAGUGCGAAGUCUCUUGGGCAUGGCUAACUACAGUGCUCAAUUUAUACCCAAUUUUGCAACAAUAACUGCACCAUUGCGUAAAUUGACUCACAAAGGAACACAAUUCAACUGGCACAAAGAACAUAAAGACGCAUACCAGCAGCUUAAAACAGCUCUAGUGCAUGAAUAG